CGGCGCGGUGUAGACGGCAGUAGGCGGCAGGCGGCGCACGCGCCGACCGCGCGCACCACCUCCCGUAUUCAAAUGUACCGGCUCAUUUACUACCGCGCUAUAUUUAACCGCUGCGUCCAGAUUAAUAUCUGCAUGUUCCGCCAAAAAAAAGUGAAACCAUUCGACAAGAAACCAGUGAUGUGAAAAUUGAUCUAUAAGUAUCUUUACAGUGACAGUUCUAAAUGUGUGGAACCGUAAACACGGCCGAUCUAUAAAUUAUUGCAACACGGGAAGUAAAUAUAUUCUGUUUGCUGUUAACAUCGGUCCUCCACAAUGAAUCCACCGUCAGCUUUGCAUGGCGCGAUGAGCCGGGAACGUAAACCAUUCACUUACACACCAGGUGGAUUAGACCUUUCUGAAAUCAAAUCAGAGCGCAUGGCUAAAAGGUUAAUGAGGAAUGCUAUGAAUCAAGGAGUACCCGAAGUACCAAUACAGCAAAUACAAUCGCCGCCAACGCCAUCUACUCCGGUUGUUGUUCCGAACUAUAAUUGCUUACCGGUUCAAGUUUUUCCUACAAUCAAUUUACCAGCUAAUCCGAAGUCUCUAUUAAGAACAAGAAGUAAUCCUGAUCAGCCUAGGAAUCCACCAAUACAGAAAAUACCGCCUCCAGCGCAGUUUAGAAAUGAUACGAUUUCCGAUAAAAUAGAAAAUAGUGUGCCUUUUUAUCCGCAUACUAAUAAUUCUAUUCAAAAUAGACCUGCUUCUAUGUAUGAAUAUAAUACAGUAUCAAACAACAACAAUACAUCACGAAGGCUAAGUUACGGCACAGACCAAUACACGUCGCCUUUGCUGCCCGAGAUCAGUUAUGAAGCUGAAUACUUUCAAGUUUCGCCAAAAACAAAUUGUAGUAUUAAUAAUAAUACACCACUAACUUCUUGUCCAGAGAGCAUAGAAGAUACUAAAUUGAUAUCAGACGAAAAUUUAGAAAACAUUACUACGAAUUUCGUUAUUCAACCUAUAUCAGACACGAGUCCAUUACCUACACCAAUAGUAUCAAAGCCUGUUGAAGACGAAGCAGCAUCUGUUGAUAAACAGAGAGAAGUCAAAGUUGUUAAGAAACAAGUAAAGAAAGAACAAAAAGUUGAAAGUAGUGAACAGAAUGGUGAAGCAAAUACAGAGGCUGAUUUGUCAGUAAAAUUGCCAACGAAGAAGUCAGCAGCCAAGACUGAAACAAAAGUAGAAGUAAAUAAAACAGUUUUACCUGAUGGUACUGUGGAAGAAGUUAAAGUAACUACAACAAAAACAACAAUUGAUGGAAAAACAGAAAUUAAAACGAAAACAGAAAAAAGGAUUAUACCAAAAGAAGAAACCGAAGAAGAAAUAGAAGAAGAAGAAGAGGAACAAGAAGAAGAAAAUGAUGUUGAAGUUGAAGAAGUGGAAGAAAAAAAUAUUGAAGAGCCUAAAAAAGUUGUCAAAACCAUUGUAAAAGAAUCUCCAGUUGUAGCAAACGGACAAAAAGAAACAAUUGUGAAAAAAGAAGAAAGUUCAACAACUACAACAAAAAAAGUUGUGGUUGUACAAAAAGAAGAGUCGGAGGAAGAAGAAGAAGAGGAGGAGGAAGAGAUUGAAGAACCUGAACCAGUUGUCGUAAAGAAACCACCGACACCUAAACCAGAAAUCGAAGAAGAAGAGGAAGAAGAAGAAGAAGAAGUUAUUGAACACACAAAAGAAGAAAGGAAAUCUGAAUCUAAGGUUGAAGACAAGAAAGUGAAAGCGGAAGAGACUGUUGUUGUUAAAACAGAUAACAAGGAAAAAGUUUCGCAAAAACAAGAAGAAGAGGAAGAAGAAGCUGAAGAAGAAUAUGAAGAAACAAAGAAAAAAGGAGAACAAAUUGUAAGAAAAGAAGUUGUAGAAGAAAAAACAGCCGUUAAAGAAAGUAAAGAAGAGCCGCAGGAAGAUGAAGAGUCAGAGUAUACUGAGGAAGAAUAUGAAUCAGAAAACGAAGAAGUUAUUAAAGAUAGUAAUGUAAAGGAAACAAUACCUACUUCUAAAGAAAAUGAAAAAAUAGAACCUAAAGAAGAAAAGCCCGCGGCAACGGAAGACAAGUCAGAACAACCAAAAUCUCAGCCAGAACAAUCAUCACCGCAACAACCGCAGGCGGCACAGCCAGCAUCUAAACCGGAUCAACCCAUUUCUCAACCAGAACAAAAGGUUCCAUUAAGAGAGCCUUCUAUUCCUCUUGACAAAGUUGAAGAAGUUGAAAUUAAGCCCAUUGGCGCAUCUAGUGAAGUAAUUUCAAAAUCACACUCAGAAAAUACUGAAAUCAUUAAAAGUACUAAUCAACAACCAACAGGACCUUUAAGUACACAGACAGAGUAUAAUAGAAUUGAAAAUAUUGUUACAGUGAAUCGUACUACAAAGACAUUGGAUCAUAGCUAUGAACAGUUGACACAGCAAGGUGUACCUACAGUUAAAACUUAUUUUCCACCUAACAGAGAAAGAAUUGAUGCAAUUCCUCAACCUGCGAGACCGUAUCAACCCAUAUAUACUCCUGAUUCAACGGCAGAAAGACGUCAUAGUUUGCUUUUGGAUAGGUUAAGUGUAGAACGUCAAGUUCCUUCAUCGGAUAUUUACCAAAAUACUUACCAAUAUUCUAACCAAACCUAUGACCAACAAAGACAAUGGUCUCAAGAGCCUCAGUCUGAGGUCCUUAACGUUAGUAAUGUAAAACCUAGCAAAAUAACAAAUCAGCAAUGGUAUCAGCAAAGUAAUAGAGAAAACGUUAUCUAUAAUAAUGUUACACCGUCUGCUCCAUAUAGUCAACCGUGGGCGCAAUCUCAACCUCAAUCUCAACCUCCGCCUCAACCUCAACCUCAAUAUCAACCUUUAUACACAGACUCCAUUACACAAGAACGAACUAACAAUACGUAUCAGCAAAACAAUUAUCCAACUUAUGUACCUAAACCAACUAACUGGGCGAGUAGUAAUGUUGAUAGCUUACCAAGUAUUAAUACACAGUCCAACCAGUACUCGUUUCUUUCCAAGGAUUCAUCAGAAAGUUAUCAAACAUCAACACAGCAAUACUCUUCUUCUUAUGUGCCGCCUCCGUGGGAACAGGAUUCAAGCUACGUAGCAGAUACUUCUAAUCAAAAUUAUUAUCAACCUCCCCCAUUAUCUAGUUCAUAUACUGUCAAUGCAAAUCCUGGUUGGAAACCGGCACCACCGAACAAAUUUUCUAAAAGUGCUCCCACAUCAUACAUACCACCAGCUCCUAACCAGUCAUUUGUGAAACGCGCAAACAUUGGUGCAGAACCUCCAAAAAUACCUGGAAGAAAGACAUAUUAUAGCGAAUAUGAAAGACGUUACAUAACUGUGCCUGAGUCUACCUAUAUUCCAAGUGAAACUAAGUUCCAACCACAGCCAGAUCCUUCGCCUCAGUAUUAUUACGAUAACAAUGAACCAAGGGAACCAGUUGAACACGAAUGGCGUAAAGAGCUAAGAGAAUUCACGGAAAAGACAAGUCAAUUUGAACACACAACCGAGUCUUCUGUAAAACCUCCUUGGGAAGAGGAUUCAAAAUAUGGAAAGACUCCGUCUACAUAUACGCCUACUCCGACUUGGAGCCAAACAUUGCGACCUCGUUCAUGGCGAGAAAGAAGUUUUGAAUCCGAAUAUGUUGGUUCUCAAGAGUAUCCAAGAACCAAUACUUUAGGAAGAGGUCGACCUUUAAGCUCUUAUGGAACAGGAGUGGAUGCUCCUAUCCCUGAAAGACCUAGAGGUGUGUCGGUAGACAGAUAUAAUCCAAAUAACUACAACUCACCGAUACCUUCGGAACACCCGCCUGUACAAACGCAUACAUUGGUGCCAACACCUCCUGCUAAGGGUUACCACAAUCCAAACGUGCCUGCCUACCACACUAAUACUCGUGCUUCAGCUGAACCUAGAGAGCAUUCGGCAAUUCCACAGCCACGUUUGUGGGGGGAGGCACGCGGUACUCCGAUUCAGUCGAGGUCCUUCAAAUACCUCCAGUGGAUAACUGGCACGGAAGAUUAAAUGAGUAGACGUAUAAUUAAUUUUAAGCCUUAUUGUUACUUAUUAAAGAUGGAAAUUUUAUGUGAGUGGCGACGAUAGCUUAUUUUUACGAGAAUACCUUCGUAACGAUCCCAAAAUUCUUGACCGAAUUCGAAGAGAUUAUUCGAAGACAAAAAUAACGCUAUUAUUAAAGCGGCUGCGGUAUUUGUAAUGGUUGUAAAAAAUUUGAAUUCGACGGAAACGAUAGUUCGAUUGUAUAGUAUGUAAAUUUAGUUUAAGUUAGUUAUUUGUUAGUUUUUAACUUUUUCUUACAUUUGUCUGCAAUUAAUUUUCUUUAUCUUCAUAAUGUACUGUUUUUUACGGACCUUAUUAUACGUACAAUGCGAAUUUUAGAAAUUUGUGCAAUGUUUUUUUUUUUCACUUACUAAUCGAAUUUAAUUUAUGAUUAUCGUUAGAGACUAUUAAAAUUAACGCAGUCUCUGUUGUGGUCAAUAAUGUUGCACAUGUGAUAUUACUAUGCAAUUGUUCGCUAAACUAGUCAUUUGAGACACAUAUUGUCGCUAGUCUUAAUUGUAUAGCAUCUAGAACUAUAAAUACAUGCAUUUCUGCUUCAAUUUUAUACACUAAUUUGAUACUUAUUUUGCUAUAAGACUAUCUUAAUACAUCAUCGUUAUUUAAUCGGUUUUAAUGUAUUUAUCAGUAAUAAAAAACAUUGCGAGUUUUUGCUAACAAAAAUCCGUAUUAUGUUUUGGUUUACUAUUAUAAUUUAUUUAAAUAACCUUAUAAUUUCAAUUUUCUAUUAGUUACCAAAUUUAUUUAUUCAUUACCAAAUAACAAACUACAAAUGUGUGAAACAAGUUCCUCUCUUAGGAUAGGUAUUUAUUCAUUUCUUUAAUCAUCAUGACUUUUCUACCAAAUUCAUUAUAUAGACGGACCAAUUUGUGAUGUGAUCACUGAUUCGAUUUGUCACUAUUUCACAAAGAUUCGAUUAUGUCAUCUGAACCCCUUGUCAUGAUGGUCGGUGGAAACUUUUGUGUUUAACAAUUUUAGUAUGAUAAUGAGAUUCUUUAUUGUUCCAACUAAGAUUGACUACAAAUAUAGUACUAAUAGUAAACAAAAUAAACAUCAUGAUGAUCAUGUUACUUAAUUAGUUUAAUCUAUUGACUGUAUUUAAACAUUUACAAUAUAAAGCACCUUUGGUAUAAUUUGUUAAAAUAACCAUAAUUUUUUAAGAGGCAUAACUUAUAUCACAUUUAAAAUAAUUAAUUAAACAAUUUUGAGAAUAAUCUUUUACCACACUGCAUCUACACUGACAAAAAACACUAUUUGUAUAUGAAAUGACACACACAAAAUAUGUCAUGUGCACGUUCUAACAUAUUAAAAGCUUUACAUCACUUUUGAGUAAACUCUUCAAAAAGCAUUUUAUAAUUUUAUUGCGAAGGUUAUAUAAAUUACUUUUCAGUUAUAAAAUUAUGUUCUUGCUGGUUUGACAAAGAAAAAUAUUUACUAAAGGCGCUUUCUAUUGUAUCAUCUGAAAUUCUGAGACCAGCAUGUUACUGGGUGCAAUGUUUUUAGAUCAGUUUUAAUGGUUCUUUUAUAUGCAUCAAUAGUCUUUUAUAUACAUCAAAUACACUUUAUGAUUUCAUUGUAAUUUAUUAUAUCAUUAUUAUUAUUUAUUAAAUUAUUAAUAUUAAAUGAAAUAUUGAUGAUAUUUGCUAGUUUACUAGGAUAUUAACAAUGUGUAUUAUAGUGGAUAAUGUAAGAACAUGGGUUUUAUUUAUUUACAUUGGUAUAUUUAGUUUGAUUGUCUCGACUAUUAUUUGUCUUAAUUUAAAAACUUAUGCAUGGUCCAUUAAAACUAUACGUUGUUUUUUUUAUAAACUUUGUCACUUGUGAAAUUAUUGUUGAGUUUUAUUUAAUAAAAAGCUAAAACAAUUAAA